AUGGAAACAGCAUCGUCGUUCAGCUGCAGAGUUGGUCCUAGAUUUACCGGCAAUUUAGCCGUGUUGUGUGAUGUUGCUGCUUCAGGAACCACUGUGAAUGUUGCAACUGGAAACCAGGCUCAAGGUGCUGGCUCACUUGCAAUUGAGUCCAUUGGAUUCUGCUCAACUCCCAUGCUGCGCUCAGACAACUUCAUUCCUGUUUCCGAGGAUGUCACCACUACCACCACCACCACCACCACCAACGCCUACACUGACAUCGCUACCACUACUGCUGCUACCACCACCACCACGGCUAAACCACAAAUCACAUUCGUUCACAAAUUAUACCGCAUGUUGCAUGACAAUUCCGUCUGCCACGUCAUUUGGUGGAACGAAGACGGCGAAACUUUCCACAUCCAGGCAGAUGAAGAGCUCACUGCGGUAUUGGGCAAAUACUUUAAACACAGCAACGAACAGUCGUUCAUUAGACAAUUGAACAUGUACGGGUUCCACAAGAUUAAUGAGAAAAAACGCGACAAGUCAACCAAGAAGAACAACAAGCUUUGGGAUUUCAGACAUUCAAAAAGACAGUUUAAAAAGGGCACUGAUGAGGCUACUUUGUUUUCAAUCAAGAGAAGGUCGACAAAGAACCUCAACUUGCAAAGAGAAGUGAUUACGUUGGACACAAUUCCAGCUGCUACCACUGCUGUUGCUGCUCCCGCUCUCGCUACCACUACUGCUGCUGCUGCUGCACCACAAACUGACACCGUCCAAGUACCAACCCCAGUUUCCGUAAUCAUUUCAACUCCAGGAGAAAACACUACAACAGAGCAAGGGUACUUUGGCCCCAAGUGCCAAAUAGUCAAAACUCCAACUGCAACCCCGAAAUCGUCGGUGUCUCCCUUGUCUCAGUUGCCAAGAUUACCAUUGCCACACGCAGGACAAACUCAAAUAUUGCCAGGGGUUGAGAACUUGACACCCCCAAAUUUGAAAUCCUUCAAGAGAAGAAGAUCCUCAUCAAUCUUCUCCUGCAGCCCAUCAACUCCCAUGACUCCAACAACUCCACUUCUCCAAUAUACCCCUUGUUGCCAACAACAACAACAACAACAACAUCAACAACAACCAUGUGAGGCUUUGAGAUCUGAAAUCACAUCACUCAAGCAAGAGUACAACACUCUAUUCGCUCAAUACCUGCAACAAUCAACCUACUUCAAGACGGUAUUGGACAAAAUAGACAACUUCUCCUUCCCUUCCUCAACUUCAACGCAGAUGCAAAGAUCCGAGUCUAAAUUAGAAUCAUUCAUUUGCCCCCUUACAAAACAACCACAUCACCCUAGACUCGUGGUGCCUAAAUUGAAUAGCUGCAUUCAAGUGCCAACUCCGUUAUCCAGCAGAGCACCUUCAUUAGCUUCAUUAUGCGAAGGAGGUAAACUACAUGCAGGCAAGUCGAGCACUAGUGGGUGUGGAGCUGAAUCCAAGUUGAACUUGGGCUUGGAUUCGAGCUUGACGAGAUUACCUCCUAUGCACUACCCAAUUAAAAAGGCUAGAUUGGCCUAG